AGACUGAUCAGUAGAGGAGUGAUACGCUGGAAUAAUGACGAGUGAAGUUUCAACAAAUAUCCUAACGUUAAAUUGUUGGGGCAUACCAUAUGUUUCAAAAAAUAGAGUAGCACGUAUAUCUGCUAUUGCAGAAAAAUGUACUAGCAGAGAAUAUGACAUAAUUUGCUUACAAGAGGUAUGGUCUGUCGAUGAUUUUAAGAUAAUAAAAACAAAAGUACAGGAAGUAUUGCCGUAUUCACAUUACUUUUAUAGUGGUGUUGUCGGAUCAGGAAUAUGUAUAUUAUCGUGUUAUCCUAUUCAUGAAGUUAUGUUUCACAAAUGGCCUUUGAAUGGAUAUGUUCAUAAGAUACAUCAUGGUGACUGGUUUGGUGGCAAAGGUGUUGGCCUUUGUAAGAUCAAAAUUUGCAAUAUGAAUGUUAAUGUGUAUAUUGCACAUUUACAUGCAGAAUAUAAUAGGAAGAAUGAUGAAUACAUGGCUCACAGAGUGUUGCAGGCAUUUGACACUGCCCAAUUCGUAAGAAUGACCAGCGGCGGCGCGGACGCUGUAAUAUUAGCCGGCGAUCUUAAUACCGAGCCGCAAGAUUUAGCAUAUAGAAUUAUAUGUGGUGUUGCUGGUUUAACGGACGCGUGUCCGAAUAGCGCAAGUUAUAUAGGGACCAACGAGUGUGCCAAUAACAGUUAUACUGCUUCGAAGCUCGUCCGUACUAGACCAGAGGGAAAACGUAUAGAUUAUAUUUUGUAUUUAGAUUCAGAUGUUAUUAAAGCUGAAAUCACAAAUUACAAAUUGCCUUUGCCAAAUAGAGUGCCAUAUAAGAACUUCAGUUAUUCGGACCAUGAGGCUGUUACAGCUACGCUCAAAUUCACUUGUGGUGAACAUAGCACAAAGCAUUUUGAUGUAACAGACUCUUUGAAAGAAGCAGUAGGGAUCUGUGAAACCGCAUUGAGAAGUGUGCAACGCCAACGUUUCUGGUAUUUAUUAUGGGGUUUUAUAUUGCUUAUCCCUUUAAUUUGGUCCAUCGAGUUCAAUUGCAUGAACACAUCUUUAAGUAUAGACAUUGGUUUGAAUAUACUACGUAUUCUUUUAACCGCAAUGUUAUGCUACAUAUUGUUUAUGAGUUCGAUAUGGAAUAGCGUGGAGAAAAAUGCUUUGAAAGCGGGAUGUUUAGCUAUAAAAAUCUAUUUGACGAAAUUGAAUCACGAUCGAAAUUAAAUGCCAAAUUUGUGCGACAAGGCAGAUGUUUCCUAAACGAAAGUUAGAAUAACAGUGUUAAUAUUUAAACUUAAUCGGGCUCAGACAAUAUCUCUGUUAUUAAGAAAAAGAAAAAAUUAUUUGCGUAUUUUUCUUUGAUAUAUAUCUGAUAUAGUUUACAUGUUUAUUUUA